AUGACGCAGUUUUGGGAACGACGGGCGGCACCGACGGCAAUUGGAGGUGAAGAAAAACGAUUGAGGUCUAAUGAAGGAAGGAAGAGCGGAAGUCUAGCCGUCUGGGUCUGGGACUCUGGUUUGAUGUCCUAUGAAAAGGCCACUGUGGUCAAUGAUGAUGAUGCCAAUGAUUUUCUAAUGAUUCCUAUGGGUAUACCAUGUGGACAUUCAAUGGUUGGUACUUUUAUUGGGAAUGCCAACUCCACUAGAGCUGUAGUUGUUUCUCUUCUUACUGGGAAGUUGAGAAAGAUUCUUCCAGAUGACCUCCAUAAUUUGUUAAAGAUCAGUAAUGAUGCAUUGGAUGAAGAGAAUAAACGGAUAUUCCUUGACAUUGCAUGUUUCUUUUCUAGCAUGGGCAUGAGCAGAGAAAGUGCUAUUGAUUUAAGAUAG